AUGCACCGCUCGCGAUGGGCAGACUCGUCGCCAACUGCUUCGAAAGGUGCCAUGUCACAAAGUGCUGCCCCCUCGAUGAAACCCAGCACCCCCGCUGUCCAGCCCGUUGCGAAUCUGGGUGCCUUGAAACUCAAGAAGAGUGCUGUCAAGAUUUUGGGAGCUGCUAGCCAUCUGCCUCCUUCUUCUACUUCAUCUGCAGCAUCUGUUCCAUUGCCGAUGACACCCCCUGCUUCUCUGUCAGAUAAACUGGAGCCUUUAGUAGCUGGGUCGUCUGUCAGUGUACCGCCAAUCUCCAACGCAAAGGCAAACCCAUCUCAGAAGGAGGAUCCAAAGUCCGAUGACACGCCCGCACUGAUUGAUGCUCUUUUUGCCCGCCUGAAAAGCAAGGACUCCAAGCUUUCUGCUCCCGCUACAGGCAGCAGCAUGGCACUCGGAAAUCACAAGAACGUGGCACAGAUUGAAAGCCUUCCAAGCUCUAAAACAGUUACUCUGGUGGUUCCAUUAGUACCCACGGAAGCAAUUUCCAAAAAGUCUACCACAGAUGGCUUACCAAAGCCCGUACAGGCAACGGCACAGCCCGCAGGCAUCACUCAAACGGAGCUCGAGAACGAGUACAUGCACAGAGCUAGCGCGUAUGUGGAUGCUCUUCCAAAUACCAAGGAGGGCACGCCACAGCUCAUCAAGGUCGUCUCCAAUAAAAUGCGUGUCACGUAUGAACCACUCACGAGCAUGGAUUCGAAAGAAAAAGAUGCUGUCAAGGCAAGGUUUGCGUUUGCUAUAGCCAACUAUCUCAACAAAACCUUACGAAAAGGCCCAACGGAGUGCACGGUUUCUUCUAUUAAGCAGAAACUAGAGGAUGUCGACGGCGACUUUCUCAGACUUUGCGUCAUGCUCGUAGAAGAGAAGCACAUGUCGUUAGAGACACUUGACGAUGUUACCGGAUUGGUCAAGGCUCUACUUGACAUCCUUCUCAAGGCAGAAUUGACCAUUGUUCCAGAUAUGUUAGGAAGCAAGCUAGUGCUUGAGGACCCAGUCGACAGUAUGAAAACAUGGCCAACGCAAGAGAAGCGUAAUUCCUCUGUAGCUCCUCGUACAUGUAUCCUCAAGGGCGUCUCGGCCGUCACCAGUAUCAAUCAGCUUCAAGCUCUAGUGUGGGGUGGAAGGCUUGAGUCCAUCUCUAUGCCAGAGCCCGGUUCCUCGAAUGCUCUUGUCAAGUUCCUCACAGCUGACGGCUGCAAGAAGUAUCACGCGGAUACUGUCAAUGGGAUAGAGGUUGUCGGAGACAAGAAAUCCGCCGUGGUGUUCGUUGGGCUAGUUGAAGGCCCAAACUCCACCAACGAUGUCAUCCAGGGCUGCAUCGAUACCGGUAUGACUCGGUGUAUCCGAGCUAUUGGAAAAGUAGACUGUACCGACGCGCAGCUCAUGGAACUUGCCAAAGGAAAGAGCCAGGUCAGCAAACGUGAGGUUGACUGCAUCAAGCAUGGGAAGAAUGCCCGCGGACAUGAGUACAUUGAAUUCCGCUUUGCCAACAUCUACCAUGCACUCAGUUUCAGGCGUGAACUUAUGGACAACGAGGACUGGGAGCAUUGCAAAAUCGGACACGCACCUGAUCCAUGCGAGCUUGCAACCGGUGUUCGCUACAAGGACAACGAAUAGGGUGAACAGCCGUCUUUACUUCUUUACAUGUACAGUGACGGAUCGUGUUGGCUCCAAAGGGUGG